AUGAUCAGACCAGCAGCUGAAAGCGCCAUCUACCGUCUCGCUGGCCUGGGAGGGGGCAUACUGGCUGGGCACACCAUCAGUCAUAAGCCAGAGGGUAGUGCUCGUGAUAAGCCCCAGCCCCAUGCAUGGACUCUACGAUCGGGGGUGUAUACUCCGCGCGAAUUAGUCGAAGGUUUCGCUCCUCUUCUGGAUACGGUCGUUUACCGUCUGGGUGAGGAUACCCCCAAUACCAGGCCUGCCCGAGCAUUGCUACUCGACAAUGUUGCUUCCAACCUGGCCACCAACGCUCGCGAAUCCACCUUACCCUUCCAAAAGGAUGUGCCGGAUCACUCGCGCAGGGAGAUGAAAGAGCAGGCAGAGAGAAUCGGAAAGGUUCUCGUUCAAUGGGCGCGUGACGCAUCCAACGGCCCCUUUGAUGCGAACCUCAACAUCCGUAGCCCAUGCGAGAAUCACCUAUUGACGCCAGUGAAUGUCGACCUCAUGUUUGGGCGUCGCAGUCAGCCGCACCUGAUGCAACUUUUUAAUGAGUACAUGCACCAGAUGGUGCUGCUUCGUGAUGCUCUCCUUCCAUUCAGGAACUUCGAGGACGUGCUGGUUCCCGUAGACGGCAAGGCUGCUCGGGGGAUUCGUCAUCUGGAGCCCAGUCGUGCCCAAUUCCUGACGGGCCUCUUCACCAAGAGCGUAACUCAGGCUUCGGUGUUGGCAUACGCGAAAGCCCUUCUGGCGCCAGAUUUGCCCCGGACCCAAACCGGCGGCUAUGGCUUCCAAUAUGAGCACGGCACCAUCCUUCCAGCCGUCCUCUCCGGCGGAGAGACCCCAUUCCACUUGCUGGAGUACGUGCCGGCUAAGCUCGAUACAUCUCAGAAGAACAUCCUGUUCGACUACGAGUUCACAGAUUACUAUACCGCACCACGGCCUGAGAUCCUUGCUGGCAACCAGGUGCAGAGUGAAGAGCUGCUCAAGUUCCCCUCCGAAUCCGAAUCUGCCGUGGUGCAGAACGCUAGUCUGGGCCUCGUACCUUCGGCUGAGUCCAAUCCAGUCCGUCAAUUAGAGCUUCGCCUCGAGCUAAGUAACGGCAAGUGUAUUGGGGUCGAUGUCGGUCAGGUUGCUCGUGGACACCGCUACGCAUAUCAGGCGCUUAGAGGCAAUGAGACAAACCUCCAAGAUAAACCUGCGAUCGUCCACUCGGCCCUCGACAUUCUCUUGCAAUCUGAGAGUGGACUCAUCACCGCUAAAAAAGGCGGUGUUCAUGUCAUCCCGGCUCAGGCACCCAUCAUUGCACUCGCACUUCUAGGGAAGCUAUAUCCGGAGAAUGUUGUGCUCCUACCGGAGGAUGGUCACCUCAGCCAAACUGAGAAGGCUGGUAAGGGUUUCGAACCUAAAUUUAUCAUCUGGGGUGGUGUAAAGCCCGGUGGUUAUAAAGGACGUUUCUGA